AGCACUUCUCCAUCAGUGUCUCUCUCCUUCGUCUCCUGUGUCUAUCCUAUCCUGCGCUUGAUUUUCCCUGGAACGAUUGUUGCUCGAUUAUUUAUUGUUAGCCCGAAACUAUUGCAAGAAAAAUGACUGGGCUUAGCACCCUCUCCAUUUUGAAACUCUGCAUCGCUCUGAUAGCUCUGAAUUUUGCAUUUGCCUUGCCCAGAGGCCCUGCUUACCAAGCUAAAGAGAACAGAAUUGAGGCCAAUGAUCCUCUUGCUUACCCAUCAUCUACUAGCAACAGAUCCCAACAAGACAUGAUUCAGGCUUACGAAAAGGUAGGCAAGGCAAAGAACUGUUUCCACUUCUUUGUUUCUCGCAAUAUGUCUUCCCUUUUAUCCGAUGCCACCAAAAUGUUAAGACAGGUCCGAGAUCGGCGAGAACGAGAAUGGAUCCUAACUUUCAUAUACCGCAUUAAAUCUCUUACUGAGCACUUAAGAUCUCAUCCAGAAUCCCGUAAUUAUGAAUGCCUAAUGAAUGGAGAGGAAAUGAUGAAAAGGAAUCCAAUAUUCAGUGACUUUAGCAGGAUUCAGCAGCCUGAACUGUACUUUGAUGAUGUUCCCGCCUUCCAAAAUCAGAAACGAAGCUCGGCUACAUCUGUGGAAAAUUCUCCUGAAGAUCUUAUAACCUCUCAAGAGAUUGAUAGCAGUGUCAUAUCUGAAUCUCAGGAAAUGCCUAAUAUUGAUUUAGACAAUCAAGAUCUUCAUCAAAAUGCAGUGAAGGAACAAUCAUUGUCUAUCGUCCCACCGAAUGAAAGAAACGGAAAUAAUCAGGCCAUAUCUAAGCAAACUCAAUUUACUGCUGAAUCCAGCAAGGAAACUGAGAAUCCUGUGUCUUUCAUGCCCACUGCUACUGGAGCUGCUAUUUUAGAACGCACACAAAGCCAGAAAAACUCCUUGCAGCCAAUGGAAGACAUUGCUUCUUCAACUCCAAAUCAGGGUAUUAUGCAAGAACAGCUUAAUAGUGCUUAUUCACAAGAAAUAAAAACACAAUACGAACGAAGCACAAGCAAAGAAGACCUGAUUAGUUCUGUGUCAAGUUGUGAAUCAGAAGCGCAAUGCAGAAGGAAACUGAGUCAAUCCUCUAUCUCAGAAGAUAGUAUUUCAAAGAAAAAUAUUGAUAAUUCCAGAAAAACUGAUGAUCAGGUAUCACAAAUUCCUGCGCAACAGAAUGCAGAAGAUUUUGAAAGCGACAGCUACCAACAGGAAGUUUUAAAGAAAAAAGUAAAAAAUGCUCUAUUAGAAGAUAUGGCUUCUGAGGUGAAAAAACUGCGCACUGUUGGAGGAUCUUUAGAAGAUUUGGUGAAACUUUGGAAGCAAAGUGAAGUUGAUAUUUGGCCGGAGAGUACUAGUUAUUCAGAUUUCGACUAUGAAGAAUUAGGAGCAGCUGCGGGCGACCCUAAUUCAAAUGAUAAAAAUCCUUCGGUCGACCGUACUGUAGCGCCAUCUCUUACAGAAAUAAAACACUCCAAAAAGCAACCCAAUGAUGCUAAAGUUAUUGAGCCGUACGAUGACAGCGACGUUUUGGUACAGCAAUUGUUUGACGUCAGAUUCGAUCAGCCACCUUCUAAAACUACCAAAUCUCUUAGCGAUCAAAAUGAUGACUAUCUUAUAACGAGUACUCAUACUCCAUAUUGAAAAAUGUAAAAAGCGUCCAUUUAAGCCUGCGAUAAGCCUGUUGUGUGUAUAGCAAUGUUCCUGAAUCUUUAUGAAAGAAAUAGGAAAUUAUUUUUAUUUCCAAAUUUUUAAUGUUAAUUUUAUUCCAAGCCAAAGGUGCUGAAAAGUUAAGUUUUCAAUGUUGUAUUUCGCACAAAUGCAAGCAUAUUCUGUAUACUUUCAUAAAAUAGUUCAUUUUUUGCCUUGAACAAAUUACGUCACACUGGAGUUAUAGAACAGAUAUGUGAAUCGACAACUUUUCUCCUUGAAAUUAAGAAAACUCUUUAAACGUUUACUAAGAAAACUUUUUAAUCUCAUUACAUCAACACUGAUAAUUAUAAAAUCCAUUGCUGUUGUUUUAAUUUUUUUUUUUUUUUUUUUUUUUUUUUUUUUUUUUGUAAUAAUGUGCAGUCCACUAAGUCUUUACGUUUCAAAACUAUAUGAUUGAUUUGACUCAGUUUCUCUUUGUAAUAAAUAACUGAAGUAACUUUCCAUUUUUAACAGUAAGCUUAAUCUUUUAUUUGAAGGGAGUAACUUCAUAGGAAAACAAUGAUUGUUAAUAUACUUUCAACGCACUUACAUAAAAUAAAUCAUUAGAAAUUUUACUUCUUGUAUUAGAUUAUUGAACUAUCUCAAAUGUAUCAUUUCUAAACAUGAAUAUAAAAUGAUUUUAUUAAAGUUUGUAUGUAAUACAAAUUGUCAAAUUUCAAUUAUUUUCGCAAGUUAAGCAGUAAAUUUCUACAUUUAGAUACUUCCGCAUUUCUAGUAGCAUCAAAUACCGCGCAAAGAAACUGCAGUUUUAAAAGUUAGUUUUUAAACUGGUGGAAGUUAACUGAUAUAAUGAAAACACAUUCAAAAUUGGUUCACUUAUUCUAAUAGAAAUUUGUUUCUUUAAAAUCUUAUUUAUCAGUAAACAAUUGUAUUAUACGUUACUUUUUCACGUACUUAAAGUAAAAUUAAAGUGAGUUUUUCUAGCAGAACAUUCUUAUUUAGGAAACUUUUUUGUCAGCAAUAAUUUCCUCUUAGGGCUUAGUUCAUCUUUAAGUAUCAAUUAUAUAUCCGAGAGUUAAUUUGCAGUAAAAUUUCUCUUAAUGGCUGCAAUACUGUUCUUCAUAUCUUAGAAAAUAACUUUUAAUAUUUUCUAAUUCUUUGAUUUAGAGUAUUAGACAAGAUUCAAAUCAAAAAAUAAGAGUAUAAUUGAAAUGAAAUAAAAGUUUAUUUCCAAUUACUCGUUUUAUUAAGUCAUUACAAGAAAAAAAAAAGAUGGCUGUAUUUAAUGCUUAAAACAUUCAUAAAAAUACUUCAAUUUUUUUUUGUUUGAUUUUUAUAAAUUUAUUUAUUGAUGUUAGAAAAAUAUGUUGUACAGUGUUUUCCUUUUUCACAUCAUGUUGUGUUACGCUAUAGUAUCAUUAAUCAAUGACAUGAAGUGCACAUUUCCUUUAUCGGUCUUGCUAGAGACGAUCUUUGAUUUAGCUUUCAGAUUAUUACAUUACACUACAUUAAUAAUUACAAAUUUCAAGAGUUCAAGAGUUUAACAGUUUAAGUUAAUUAUAUAUAUAUAUAUAUAUAUAUACUUAAUGUUAAUUCAUUUUUAUGUGUAUUUCCAUAAUACUAAGUAUUAUCACUAAUCUUUAUCAAUACAUGUAGUAUUAUAAUCUGAUAUACUUUAUAUACAUUUAUUGAUAAACUUUGGAAAUAGUUACACCAGUGAAGUUAUUAAUAAAAAAUAUUUCUAACGAUAUACAUUAAGUACUGUUUUUAGAGCCUUGUGUUCUGUGUUAACAUCAAAUUCACGAAACUCUCAAGACUGAAACGCAAGCACCAUAGAGCCAGGGAAAGAGGAGGUGUAAAGGAUCCUUUUAUUUGACUAACAUAAAAUUUAACAAACGGCACCACUAGUGCUUACAGAUGGCAACAGUUAUGGCUUAAACGAAAAAUAAGGGAUGAACUAAAGCUAUGACAAGUAAGUUAGACUAACAGUUGCACAAAUAGAAUAACGCGCAAGCUGACUCUGACCAAAGGUUGGCGUAACAAACCUAAUGGGGAGUAACGCAACGCCGCAGAAUACCAGCAAGAUCAUCAAAGUAGCAGCGUUGCUUUCAGGCAGGCAGAAUGCGCUCUAGUUCUACUUCUACCCUCUGAAACCUUUCUUUUAAUACUCUCUUCUUUCUACCUCAUUUGAAUGUCAUGCGAGCUAAAAAUGUACACUCUAGCAAGAAAACUGAAAUGAGGGAGAUAGGAAAGAUGAUUAGCAUAAAAUAACUUGAGAGAAACGAAACGUAAGCUUUACAGGUUUACAAAAUAAUUAUUUAUUCGUCACCUAGUACUGCAUUUUCAACAUUUGUUACAUUCUCUUUCAGUUUUAAAAUUGUAUUUGAUUAUUAAAAGGUUCCGAGGAGAUUCAUAAGUUAAAUACGGCAUGGUUGUUUUCAUAAUAACUGCAGUAUAAUAUAUGAUUUACUAAACAACAUUAAGUAUAAUGUAGCAACAAGAUUUUUGUAUAACUGCAAGCAAUUAAAGCUAACUUUUCUCACUACCCUUGUCUUUAACUUAGGAAAAAAGGCUCAGCGAGUAGAUAUUUUAGUUAAUAGAAAAUGAAAAAAAAGUUAUUUGCUUGGAAAAGCAACGACUUUCAUUGAAAUAUUUUUAAGACGAAUUGUUAUGAAUCGUUUUUAAGAGCUUAUAGUUAAUAUAUCAUUUGAGAAAACAGAUUACAUUUUCAGAAUAUCAGUUUUAUCUGGCCAGCAUACUAAACAAGUGACAUAAAUGUAUUUUCACUUUUUUAACUCUGGUUUGUUACAAUGAUACAAUGAAAUAUUCUAUGAAUCAGUAAAUUCAAAACUGAUAAAUUAUUAUUUUUAUUUCAAAAUAGACCGAAAUUUUAAAUGCGUUUUAUAUUUUCAUAUUUUUAUAAGAUUAAAAUUUCCAAAUUAAAGAAUUAUGCUUUUCUUAUUGACAAAACAGAUGUUUAUGACAUUAGAUAAUAAUUUCUACGAAUCAAAAUUUCAUAUGUGAUAAUAUUUUAUGGAAAGAAAACGCUUAAAUAAAAAAACUUAAGUAUAGGCUUUGAUUGUUAAUAAUCUUAUGUAAAUGAGCUAUCAUUCAAGCCAAACUUAGAAAUCUCUGCCCUUAAAUGUGAUAAAUAUCCAAACUUUUUUCUAUUUUGCAAAAAUUUAAAAAGAUUGUAAAAGACAUCUGUUAUUUUCUUUAUUUUUAAAAGUUCCUUUUUUAUUUGUAUUUCUGAAAGAUAUUAAUAAUUAACUUUUAUUGUAUAGUUUUAAAAGUUUACAAAAUACAAUCUUUUAAGGAUUGAAUAAUUCUUAAAAAGUGUAGCGUAGCAAAAUUCCGCCUAACAACAUUUUGUAUUAGUGAAGCUGACUUCUCAGAAAUUUAAAAAGAAUUAAUAGCAAAAAAAAAACUUUUAAAGAAAUUAAAUUCAUAAUAAGAAAUAUAUUUUUGUAGUUUAAAUCUUAAACAAAUAUGAUAAGUAUGGCAAUAUAAGAUAAUUUCAACGAUUUAUUUCAGCCGAUAAAAUAUACAGAUAUUUCCUAAAAUUGCUUAUUAAUUAGCAUUAGAUAAAAAUACAAAAAAUAUAGCAUCAGUAAAUUAUUUAUGUAAAGUUAAGAUAAAAUAAUAAAUGUUUUUAUGAUGAAGUAUUAAUCAGUAUUAAAUCACAAAAUAUGUAUCUCAUAAUAUGAAUGUAUUGAAUGAUUUGAUUUUCUUUCAUUUAUACUUGUAUAUUGAUAUAUACUUUUAGAUUUUAUAAUACAAACAAACGUUCUUAUGCUAGGACAUUGAUUUUCUUAAUAUUAUGCGUGUAUUAUAAAUGUAUCGUCCAUCGUUAAUGAAUGCUUUAUUUCUAAAACUAAAAGUACACAACUGACAGCUAUUUGCUUGCCAAACUAUCUGAAUAUACAUUGCCACUAUUAUUUAUCAUUCAUUACAAUUAGCAAUAAUGUUACUUUUGAAACACUGUACUCGAGCAAACAUCAUUUAAUUUAUUUGACUUUUACACAAAUUUCAUCAUCUCUGCAUUUCUAAUCGCGAAAUUAAUGAACUCAUAAAGUAUAAAACCCACGUUCCUUAUUCCAGCCGAUAGAUUGCUGAAUUCUAAAAAAAUGUCAUUUGCAUUAUAUUUUAAUAGUAAUUUGUUAUACACCCAAUCUUUACUUUUAGGAAACAUCAAAAUAAUAUGAACAUUUUAAUGUUAUUCUGCUGAAUUUGUGAAAUGUUUCCAUGUUUGUCUAAACUGUGUAUGUAAUACAUUUGUGAUGUGGUCAUUUUUUAUUAAAUUUAAAUGUAAACUUUAUAGAUUUGCCUAUUUAACUAUUUGCUGGAAAGUAGUAAGUUUCCGCAACUAGGUAAAGUGCAUAAUAAGAUCAGAAGCUAUUUCUGUCAUUUGUGCUCUCACAAUUUCUGAAAAGAAAUUUAUGAGUCACUGAGUUUUAAUGUGAAAAUAAAGUUUCAAAUUUAUUUAAACGUAUUAUUUAGUCAUAAUUUUAAGAAGCACAAAUAAUGAAAGAUUCUUAUAGAUUAGGUUAUAAAAAUUAGGAUAUUUAUUUUUAUUCCAGAAAACUACUUAAAAAAUUGCUUUCAGAUUUUGCAUGAGUAUUAGCAAUGUAUCAUAAUAAAAUGGAUUAAGUAGAAAGUAGCAUUAAAAACUCAGUGUAUAAGUAUUAUCUGUUCUGACUAAAAUUGUAAUGUAUGCAUAUCUAUUAGAAAAUUUUCUUCAGAAAUUGAAGAAUCCUUUUCCCACUUUUAAUUGUGACCUGUUCUCGUUUAAUUACCAUUCGUAUAAUGUGAAAUAUUUAUGAAGUUGUUGUUUGUGGAAAGUGUGAUAAUAUGCUGUGAAUAUUCAAGAUAUAUAUUUCAUUACCACGAAGAAGGAUCUUUAACUUACUUCGAAUAAUCAUGCAUUUGAAACUAUCGCAGGUGAUAAAAUAUUUAUGUAUUGUACUGGUAUUUGUAGGUAUAUAAUAAAAAUUAUUAAUACAGUGAGAGGAAUAAACCUUUGUUAUCAUGUUAA